CACAUGUCAAAACCAAAAUGGCCGACAAAACUUUGGACCAGGAACUUUUCCUUGGAAUUGACCUCGGGACUACUUCUGUCAAAGUUACGCUUUUGGAUUAUGUUUCUAAGAAGGUUUUAAUGUUCCUUAAGGAAGACACAAAGGCUGUUAUAGUGUCCAACCAAAGUAUUUCAUCUCAACUCUCGGAACAAAACGUGGGUCUAAUUUUCACAGCUUUGAACAGAAUUCUAACUUCCAUUUCUGCAGAACUUAGGUGUCGUGUUCAAAAGAUUGGUAUUUGUGGACAAAUGCAUGGCUGUGUGUUUUGGAAAAAAGGCCAUGAAAAGUUUAAUAUUGAGCAUUUUAACGAAAGUGGAGAAUGUGACUUCAUUUCUCAUUUAAUCACUUGGGAAGACCAACGAUGCUCCACGCAAUUUUUAAAUUCUUUACCAAAAACCGAAAACUCUCUUCUCUUAUCUACUGGCUUUGGCUGUGCUACAAUAUUUUGGUUUGCCAGAAAUAAUCCGAGCUUCCUGUCCACAUAUGAAUAUGCUGGGACUGUACAGGAUUUACUCGUAGCUCUGUUGUGUGGCACGUCCAAACCGAUCAUGUCGACACAGAACGCUUUUAGUUGGGGAUACUAUAAUUUGAAGGAAAAAGCAUGGGAAAAAGAGAUGUUAGAAAAUGCUGGGUUUCCUGUUCAUUUCCUCCCCACAGUGCGCGAGCCUGGUACAGUAUCUGGAGUACUACCCAGGGCAUAUCUUGGCAUCCCUGCUGGUGCACAAAUUAGUAUUGCUCUUGGGGACUUACAGUGUUCAGUUCUUGCAAGUCUUGAGCAAAAUACUGAUGCAGUUCUCAAUAUUGGCACUUCAUCUCAGAUAGCCGUCAUCGUUCCUAGUCAGGGUUUGUGUUCUUACAAUAAUUGUAUUUUGCCAAGUAUUCAAUUUUGGCCAUUUUUUGAUGCAGCAGUAGUAGCAGUAGCAGCUUCACUAACAGGAGGAAAUGCAUUGGCAACCUUCGUUGCAACACUUCAAGACUGGAUGAAGGAAUUAGGCAUGCCAGCCAUACUCAGUAAGCAGGAACUUUAUGCAAAGCUCCUGAAAUGGGGUGAAGGAAAGACUGACACAUCUUUAAACAUAAGACCCACUUUAUGGGGAGAAAGACAUCAAACUAACUUGACUGGGAAUGUGUCUUGUAUGAGUGAAACUAAUAUCUCCUUGGGGGACAUCACAGCAUCCCUUUGCAAUGGUGUCAUUAAUAAUUUACAAACUUUAAUGCCAAGAGACUGGUUGAUUUCAUGCGGCGUGAAGAGAAUUGUGGGCACAGGAAAUGCUUUAGCACGAAAUGCAAUCCUUCAGAAACAAACUGAGAAAGUUUGGGGGUUACCGUUAGUGAUAAAAGAGGAUUCUGAUGCAUCACAUGGUGCUGCACUUGCUUUAUUUCAAAGUAAAUUAAUACAAUCUCUGGAAAAAUAAGGUGUAGCAAUAAAAAGUAUGAAAGAGUACAGCAUACAAGUCUGCUGUUGAUUAAAAAAAAAACGUUUUUCAUGAGGGUAGCACUUAAUAGCCAGUGGCUAACAAACCUGUGGCCUUCAUUCCGUGAUCGAAUUGGAAUUUAGAAGUUGAAUUUUGCGGAGA